GCUACGUUGGGAGCCUCACUCUCGCUCUCCAUGGCUGAGCGCGCGGUCUGUGAGUCCCAGCUGCGGGGCCGCUGUUGGCUCCUCAGGGGGCGGAGGGUGUACGAUGUGACGGACUUUGUGAGGAUUCACCCCGGGGGGGAGACUCUGCUCCGGGACAGGACCGGGACCGACAUCCAAGCCGACCUGGAGGGGCCCCCACACCGGCACUCAGACAAUGCCCUGCGCUGGCUGGAGCAGUAUUAUAUCGGGGACCUGGAGCAAGGGGGCCCCGGGGGCCACACACAGGGAGCAGCCAGUCCGCAGAACCUGAAAGAGAGGAAAAAACAGUACAAUUCUGCCACAGAUCAUGCACACUCUGAACCUGGAAUACACUUUAAAACAUUCAACCCCGAGACGGAUAUAGUUGACUGGGAGAAGCCAUUGCUCUGGCAAGUAGGACACUUACGGGAGAAGUAUGACGAGUGGGUGCAUCAACCAGUCAAUCGCCCCAUCCGACUCUUCCAAACACAGUUUAUGGAGUGGUGUUCGAAAACCUCCUGGUAUAUCGUGUUGGCAGUCUGGGUCCCGGUGGUGGUGUAUUUAAUAUGGUAUUGUCUGACUGAGCUGGCACAAGGGAAGACAAAGCUCUUUUCUUCAUUCACAACAGAUUAUUCCAUUCCCGUGCCCGUCUUCUGUUUCUUUCCACUCUUCCUGGUGGGAAUGAUGAUCUGGACGCUGAUGGAGUAUGCCAUUCACAGAUACGUGUUCCACAUGAACCCCCCAGCCAAUAAUUACUUUCUUAUUACCCUCCACUUCCUGCUUCACGGGCAACACCAUAAGGCUCCGUUUGACAGUUCCCGUCUGGUAUUCCCUCCAGUCCCAGCAUCCUUUGUGAUUGUACCACUGUACAUCAUCCUUCAAUAUGUGCUUCCUGCGGAGGUGGGGUUGUCCCUGUUUGUAGGAGGCCUUUUUGGAUAUGUAGCAUAUGAUAUGACGCACUAUUACCUGCACUAUGGUUCUCCUUCCAAAGGGUCCUACCUGGCUUGGCUUAAGUCCUACCAUGUUCGCCAUCACUUUGAGCACCAAAAGUUAGGAUUUGGCAUUACCAGCACACUGUGGGACCGGCCGUUUAACACGCUAAUUCCUGAGGACUCCGCAAAGGAUUACUAAGCUUUCCUUAGAGAAUCAACAUAUUCUUAAGGAAUUCAUACCGGGGGAGGAGAAAAAGUUUAUUUAUGUUUCGGUUUUAUAAAUGAAAGUUCGUUGUUUUUUUUUCCAUUGAUCCCAAGUGGUAUGGACGCACAAAAGCAGAGAGAUAAUUAUUUAUUUAAAUGUAAAACAAAUUGGAGAGAUGUGUUGGGAGUUCUACGAAAGCCAGUACUGGAUCUUGGUCCCACCUGGAGUGAACGCGGAGUGCCCUGUCUAGCUGUCAGAUUAACGCUGCUGCUAAUGUCUUGGAAAAGGAGAAAUGAAUAUAACUUUCUAUAUAUAUGAAAAUCCACAAUGACAGCGUUAUCAUUAAUAGCUACGGCCCCCUUCAUGUAAAAUCCAGAAUAUGUAAAAAUGUCUUAAAAUAAACUAACUUUUAUAAAA